CUCCGCCGCCCCUCGGACCCCCAACCAGCAGCUGCCGCGGCCAUCCGCCGGCGAGAUGGCGCUGUACCUGCUGUUCGAGUCGGCGUCCGGCUACGGUCUAUUCCACGCGUACGGCAUCGAUGAGAUCGGGCAGAGCGUGGAGGCCGUUCGCUCCUCCGUGCUGGACCUCGAUCGCUUCGGCAAGGCCGUCAAGCUCACCGCCUUCAACCCUUUCUCCUCUGCCGUCGAUGCACUCAAUCAGUGCAACGCUAUAUCCGAAGGGAUCAUGACCGAUGAACUGAGGAGUUUCCUGGAGCUGAACCUGCCGAAGCCCAAGGAGGGGAAGAAGGCCAAAUACAGCCUCGGGGUCGUCGAGCCCAAGGUCGGUUCUCACAUCUCCGAGGUCACCGGCAUUCCCUGCCAGAGCAACGAAUUCGUCCAGGAGCUGCUCCGCGGUGUCCGCCUCCACUUCGACCGUUUCAUCAACGAGCUUAAGGAUUCUGACUUGGAGAAGGCCCAGCUUGGCCUGGGGCAUAGCUACAGCAGGGCCAAGGUGAAGUUCAAUGUGAAUCGUGUUGACAACAUGGUGAUCCAGGCAAUCUUUCUAUUGGAUACGCUUGACAAGGACAUCAAUUCCUUCUCCAUGAGAGUCAGGGAAUGGUUCUCAUGGCACUUCCCUGAGCUUGUCAAGAUUGUGAACGACAAUUACCUAUAUGCCAAGCUUGCUAAGUUUAUCGUGAACAAAUCUGAUUUGACGGAAAAAGAUAUUCCUGCUUUGGCUGAUAUAGUUGGCGACGAGGACAAGGCUAAAGAAAUUGUUGAAGCAGCAAAGGCUUCAAUGGGCCAGGAUCUGUCACCAGUUGAUUUGAUCAAUGUCCAGCAAUUUGCCCAAAGGGUUAUGAAUCUCUCUGAGUAUCGCAAAAACCUUUAUGAGUAUCUUGUGACUAAGAUGAAUGAUAUUGCACCCAACCUGACAUCGUUGAUUGGUGAAGUAGUUGGAGCUCGCCUAAUCUCUCAUGCUGGCAGUCUUUCAAACCUUGCUAAGUGUGCAGCCUCCACCCUUCAAAUACUUGGUGCUGAGAAGGCCCUAUUCAGAGCACUGAAAACUCGAGGGAACACACCAAAGUAUGGGCUUAUAUUCCACUCCUCCUUUAUUGGCCGUGCUUCAACUAAGAACAAGGGCAGAAUGGCUCGUUACCUGGCAAACAAAUGCUCGAUUGCUUCACGCAUUGACUGCUACUCGGAGGCUAGCACCUCUGUCUUUGGGCAAAAGUUGCGUGAGCAAGUCGAGGAGAGACUGGAAUUCUAUGACAAGGGUGUUGCGCCUCGUAAAAACCUUGAUGUGAUGAAAGCCGCUAUUGACAGCAUGGUCAAUGGCACCUCAAUGGAUGAUGAUGAUAUCGAGAAGACCGAUGCAUCUCCCAAGAAAAGCAAGAAAAAGAAGACCAAAACCAAGGCUGAUGGUGAUGCAAUGGACGUGGAUAAACCCUCCAACGUUGCUGGUGGAGAAGCUGAGCCUGGAACUGAGAAGAAGAAGAAGAAAAAGAAGCAUAAGCUGGAGGAGGAGGCACAGGAGGAGAACGGUGCAGCAGAUACUACCCCUAAGAAAAAGAAAAAGAAGAGCCGUGAAGCUUCCGAAGAAGCUGAACCUAAGACCGCCACCGAUGGUAAGAAGAAGAAGAAAAAGAAGGCUAAGGCCGAGGAUGAUGAGUAGCCAAGUUAUUUGUUGUAUGGCGUAUGAAUCCGAGAGUAUUUGUUGAAAAACAGAGAUGAACGCCUGCCUAGCUCAACUAGCUUGUAGUUCAUGAGGCGUUUGAUGCAAACCCAACUCAAAGU